AUGGAGGAGGUGCGAGGAGCGAUGGAGAGGCUCCAUCUGGCCGGGGCCUCUAUCGAGUUCUCGGAUUCUGACUGGAACGAGCAUCGACCUGCCAAACGACCGCGGAAACCAAUCGAUGAGAUCAGGAAAGAGCUUGAAUCAGAGUACCUCACACCAUCGACCUCCUUCAACAUUAGAUGGUUGAACAAGCUGCAACGGCGUUGGGAUGCUCCGACUAACUACCGCGGCCUCUUCGAGAUUGCCCCUACCCAAACCCGUACAAUUAUUCGCUUCACUCGAGAGGGACUAGAAGGCCGGGUCACGGGAUACAAGGAGGUUACCGUGCCCGCAAACUCCGCAACAGCCAAAAACUCCACCUCUCUGUUGAGGAAGCCUGCGAAUAGGGCCGACUUUGUCCGGGGCGCCGCCGGGUUCUUUCCCUUUGCUCCUGGAGGUUUAGAUGGCGUGGAGGCCAUUGCUGCUAUCGAGGAUGAGGCAUUGUCGCGUCAGGAAGCUGGCCGUACGAAGAAACCCGGAGGUCUGGAUCGUGUCAUAAACUUUGGGGCAGAGGGUGGUCUACUUGCAGUCCCCCCUGGCUUCUCGCGUGGUCUGAACUUCGACAAAAAACAACCUGUGAACACGAAGGCUGCAAAAGAGGUCGAAGACACGCUGGCAGAAGCACCCGCACAAGCAGUUGGAGAAGAAGAGACUGAUGAACAAGUGAAUGGGACGCCGACUGGUGGCAAAGAUAUCGAAGACACAGAGGAAGACGAGAUUGACGCUUUGUUGCCCGUCGAGUUUCCUGCUUUAGCGCCGCAUGGUACUCUCGCAGCUGGCACGUCCCGAAGAGGUGGGAAGGAAUGGGCUCAUAUGGUUGACGUGAACCAAGCCAUUCCGAACUUCCGCGAGCUAGUUCCUGAAAUGGCCAGAGAGUAUCCCUUCGAGCUGGACAAUUUCCAGAAAGAAGCCGUCUACCAUCUGGAACAUGGGGAUUCUGUGUUUGUCGCAGCUCAUACAUCGGCUGGUAAAACAGUCGUAGCAGAGUAUGCCAUCGCUUUGGCGGCUAAGCAUAUGACCAAAGCUAUCUACACGUCGCCCAUCAAGGCUCUAAGCAACCAGAAAUUCCGCGACUUCCGCCAGACCUUCGACGAUGUUGGCAUUCUGACCGGAGAUGUGCAAAUCCGACCCGAGGCUAGUUGUCUGAUCAUGACGACUGAGAUUCUCAGGAGUAUGUUGUAUCGCGGAGCAGAUCUCAUCCGAGAUGUAGAAUUCGUUAUUUUCGACGAAGUGCAUUACGUGAAUGAUCUGGAACGAGGCGUGGUUUGGGAAGAGGUGAUCAUCAUGCUGCCGGAACAUGUGACGCUCAUCUUGCUCUCCGCUACAGUGCCAAACACAUACGAGUUCGCUUCAUGGGUCGGUCGGACGAAGAAAAAAGAUAUCUAUGUCAUCUCCACAGCCAAACGUCCAGUUCCUCUUGAGCAUUAUCUAUGGGCCAAUAAAGCGAUGUACAAGAUUGUCGGUCCAGACAACAAGUUCAUAGAGAAGGGGUGGAAAGAUGCAAAUGAUGUGCUCUCAGGAAAAGACAAGGUCAAGGCGUUGCCUGCAACCAACGACACUCCUGCACGGGGCGGCGGAUCUCGCGGAGGGUCGGGACGAGGUCAAAAUCAGCGAGGAGGCAGAGGUCAGCAGAAUGGUCAAAGAGGCGGCGGACAGAGAGGAGGCCCGCAACGAGGGGGCGGUGCCCCCGCCCAGAGGGGUCGUGGCAAUAUUGCGAGAACCGGACGGGGUGGAGGGAGGACGACAGCUGCGCAAGACCGCAAUAUCUGGGUCCACCUCAUUCAACAUCUACGCAAAGAGGAUCUCCUCCCGGCAUGCAUUUUCGUCUUCUCAAAGAAGCGGUGCGAAGAAAAUGCCGAUGCACUCUCAAACCUGGACUACUGCACCGCCAAGGAGAAGAGUGCGAUUCAUAUGACCAUUGAAAAGUCCCUGGCUAGGCUGAGCCCACAGGAUAGAGAGCUUCCACAAAUCCGGCGCCUGAGGGAACUACUCAGUCGGGGUAUUGCAGUUCAUCACGGUGGCAUGCUCCCCAUUGUCAAAGAAGUUGUGGAGAUAUUGUUCGCCAAAUCGCUGGUCAAAGUCUUGUUUGCCACGGAAACGUUCGCGAUGGGACUGAAUCUGCCAACAAGAACCGUUGUGUUCUCAGGUUUCCGUAAGCACGACGGACGAGGCUUCCGCGACCUCCUCCCAGGCGAGUACAUUCAGAUGGCCGGCCGAGCCGGGCGAAGAGGCAAAGAUACCGUUGGAACAGUCAUCAUCGUCGCUCCUGGAGCGGAGGAAGCUCCACCAGUCGCAACUCUGAGACAGAUGAUGCUGGGCGAUCCAACGAAGCUGAGGUCGCAAUUCAGGCUCACGUACAACAUGAUUCUCAAUCUUCUGCGUGUCGAGGCUUUAAAGAUUGAGGAAAUGAUCAAGCGUAGCUUUAGUGAACAUGCGACUCAAGCGCUUCUCCCAGAGCAUCAAAAGAAGGUGCAACUGUCAGAGGCUGAUCUUGAGAAGGUUAAGCGAGAGCCAUGCAAGAUAUGCGACAUUGAUCUCGAGCUUUGCCACCAGGCCUGCAUGGACUAUCAGAAGCUGACUCAUGAACUUCACCUGGCGUUACUCAAUAACCCAGUCGGGCGGAAACUACUGGGGAUCAAUCGUCUGGUAGUAUAUAAGAAGGAUGGUCAAAGGAGCGUGGGCAUGCUGCUCAAGGAAGGCACUGCCAGGGGCAAUGAGCCAGCACUACAUGUUUUUGAGAUAAGCAGAAACGAAAAGCGAAAAGAGGACGAUAUACUCCCAUACCUGACACCGUUUGCCAAGUACUUCCGCAACCUCCCGAAGAACGAGAAUAAGAUGGUACUGAAGCCCGCAAUGAUCCCGUUGAGCGAUGUUGAGUGCCUCACGAGGACGGUCAUUGAUAUUCCCGAGGGCGUCCAGAACCUGAACUACCGAAAGCCAGACGCAAUCAAAUUGGCCAAGGACCAAUUCGCUCCGCUUUGCUCUUCCUGGAACUACAAAGAUUGGGAUGAGAUUGAUUAUGACAGGAUCAAGAACCUCGCAUUCCGCGAGAUUGAUGCCCAGAGACGCGAACGAGGCCAGGUUGCCGCUGAGCGCGAAUGUCUGAAGUGCCCCAACUUCCUCAAACAUUUUGCGAUGCAGCAUGACGAAUGGGUCAUCAAGGAGAAUAUCCAACAGCUUCGGCAGCUCAUGUCUGAUCAAAACCUCCAGUUACUUCCCGACUACGAACAGAGGAUCGCUGUAUUGAGAGACCUUGGGUUCAUUGACGAGGCCAAUAGGGUAGAGCUCAAAGGCAAGGUGGCGUGCGAGAUCCACUCUGCUGAUGAGCUAGUCCUCACCGAACUGAUUCUCGAGAACGUCCUGGCCGAGUACGAGCCGGAAGAGAUUGUGGCGUUGCUCUCCGCCUUUGUGUUCCAGGAGAAGACGGAAGUGGAACCAACUUUGACCAAGAGGCUGGAGGGUGGCAUAGCCAAGAUUGUCGAGAUAUCGGAAAAGGUCAAUCAGCUACAAACUCUCCACCAAGUGAUCCUCUCGUCGGACGACUCGAAUGACUUUGUCAGCAAACCCCGCUUCGGCAUGGUCGAAGUCGUCUACGAAUGGGCGCGCGGCAUGUCGUUCAACCGCAUCACCGACCUCACCGAUGUCAUGGAGGGCACCAUUGUGCGCGUCAUUACGCGACUCGACGAGACAUGCAGAGAGGUCAAGAACGCGGCACGCAUCAUCGGCGACCCGACCCUGUUCCAGAAGAUGGGGACGUGCCAGGAGCUUAUCAAACGGGAUAUCUGCAAUUGCGCAAGCUUGUAUCUAUAG